AAAAAGCUUCGAGUUUGAGCUCUUCCUCAGUUCCUUCGUUCACAACACAACGCUGUUCUGAUUACCGUUUUUCUUCCUCUCUUUUCUUCACUCUGCAGAAAGGGCACAUUUAUGGCCAGCGUUGGUGAUAAAAAGGAAUCUGAAUGGAUAGAUAGGAUAAUAUCUGAAGGAGCUGUUCCGCAUCUUGAGCCAGAUAAUUGUUCAAAAGGUUGGGCUACCCCUCCUGGAGAUGCAUUCAUGGUCAGAGGCCCUGAGUAUUUUACAACAAGGGUUAAGGUUCCUGCUGGUGAUUAUCUUCUCAAGCCACUUGGUUUUGAUUGGGUUAAAAGUUCAGUGAAAAUUGGGGAGAUAUUAAACAAUCCAAAUAGUCGAGUUAGGAAGGUUAUUGAUAAUGAGUUUCCAGAAGAUGAUAAACCCUUUGUAUGGGCCUUUAAUAUUCAAGUCCCAACCAAGGACAACUAUAGUGCCAUUGCAUAUUUUACAGCCAAAGAGCCAGUUGCUGAAGGUUCGCUAGUGGACAAUUUCUUAAAAGGUGACAGUGCAUUCAGAAACACGAGGCUUAAGUUGAUUGCUAACAUUGUAAAAGGUCCUUGGAUUGUUAGAAAAGCUGUUGGAGAGCAGGCUAUUUGCCUAAUUGGGCGUGCCCUUUCCUGUAAAUAUUGCGUGGGGGAGAAUUUCUUAGAAGUGGAUAUUGAUAUCGGGUCUUCCAUGGUUGCAAGUGCAAUAGUUCAUUUGGCAUUUGGUUACAUCUCAACUCUUACUGUUGACCUGGCUUUUCUUAUUGAGAGCCAGGCUGAUUCAGAGCUUCCGGAAAAAAUUUUAGGUGCUUUCAGAUUUUCUGACCUUGAUCCAGCUUCAGCUAAAACAGUUGAGCCAUCAUCUGUUAUGAAUUGUGAUAAUUCACAAACAUCUUUACCUACGAGAUUGUGGAAGUCAAUUGGACAGGGAUUUUCCAACAUUCUUCAUUCAGGUCCUCAAGAAGAUGGCUCUAGUUCUGGUUCAAAACAUGAUGCUAAAAAUGUAGUAGAUCACAAAGAUAGUCCAACUGAGGUCAAGAACUGAUAUACUGGAGCAAUUGACGGGUAUGAAGGUUCAUUUGAGGUGAUUAUUCUUUUAGCCACUUUUUUAUGAUUGGAUUAGAGCAUCUGUUGUGUGACUUAAUUCUUGCCUAUGGUAGUAUUUUGUAAGACUACAGAAGGUUAGAAAAUUAGAAUGGUCUCAUUUUUUCUUUUCUGGCUGGAUUAUUAUGUACAUCGUUUUAAAGUGUUUAUAGUUUACAAAUUAGUCUUUUAUCUCGAAUUAAAAUCUUUUUUUUCUUUUUUUUUUCUUUUUUUGUUUUUCUGAAUUAGAAUUGCUUCAACUUUUUAGGCUUGAUAUUAUGCAUAUUUUCCUUUAGCAAUUUAAAUGUGUCUAAAUACACAAAUGAAUCUAUUAUUUCUCUGAGUUUCCGAUUGAUGAGACCAUUUUUGCAUUAGAUUUAUUGAAAAAUGUUUUUAUUACACUUUGUAUUUUCAAUGUAAUAUUUUUGUU